AUGCGGCAGAUAUACCAACGCAAUGCAAACGUGCAAAGAAGCGACUGGUAUCUGACCCUAUACGCUUCUUCUUCAUAUGCACAUAACGUCCACUCUGAAACCAACAAGAAAAAACACAGCUUCCGACGCCGUGUGAUGGGGCAUGCAUUUUCAGAUGCUGCUCUAAGGUCUUCAGAAGAGUUUAUCAGUGAAAACAUCAAAAUAUGCUGUGACCAAUUGAGCAAGACGGCCACGACUCCCGAGAAAUGGGGAACUCCUCAGAAUAUGGACCACUGGUGUACAUACCUUAGCUACGACAUCAUGGGAGAUUUGGUAUUCAACACGAAGUUCAACUGUCUUGUAAGCGAGGAAAGCAGAUAUGUUCCCGCUCUGCUCAUUGCAGCCACCCAAUUUCUAUACAAUCUCGGUUAUCUGCCAUUUGCAAAGUUUGUUCGACCUUUACUCGGAACCAAAAUAAUGGAAAUCCUUGGUGGAAAGUUGGCACGGGAUGGAAAGCGUUAUAACGAGUAUUGCGCCGAGCAGAUGAGCAAACGUCUUCAGUCUACUAACGUGAACGAUCCUGGUUACCCUAAAAAGGAUCUAAUGCAUUAUUUAAUCGAUGCAAAGGAUCCAGAGACUGGUCAGGGGCUUACACGUGCCGAACUCGCCGCUGAGUCUAAUCUUCUGAUAGCAGCAGGGUCAGAUACAACAUCUACGGCCCUAUCUGGCGCUAUUUUCUACCUCAUUCACAAUCCGGAAUGCUUAGAGAAAACAAAGACUGAGAUUCAAUCCACCUUCAGUGCUGUUGAAGAAAUCCGAGGUGGCAGCAAGCUCAAUAGCCUUACCUACUUGCGGGCAGUUAUUGAUGAAACGCUGAGACUUAGUCCCUCAAUACCAAGCAAUUUGAUGGUAGAAGUAUUACCGGGAGGGACCACUGUCGAUGGAAAUUACAUCGCUGAAGGGACGACACUUGGUGUCUCGCCGUAUGUCCUUCAUCGCAACACACAAUACUUUCAGGAUCCUUAUGUUUUUCGGCCUGAACGGUGGAUUGGAACUGACAAAUCAUGCUUGGUGGUCUCCGAAGACAAUAAAAGCUCAAUUGAAGACUCUGCAAAUGCACGGUAUGCCUUUUUCGCAUUUAGUGCAGGCUCCCGAGGCUGCUUGGGAAAAAAUUUAGCUUAUUUGGAACUCCUGAUGACACUCGCAACACUCAUCUUCAAGUUUGAUAUGCGGAGUCCUACAGAUGACGACGAGCAAAACGAUACUAGGACAACUCACGGAAGGCAUCCAGGUCGAUGUAGAAAAGACGAAUAUCAGUUAAAGGAUCAUUUUGUGCCGGAGAAGCAAGGGCCAAUGGUCCAGUUCAAGGAGAGGGCCUAUAACGUUCAGCCUGAUAUAGGAGCUAUGCAUUCUGAAAAAUUGUCAAAACCCCUGAUUGACGGGCUGGAGAGCUCACAGCUCUUUAUCAUUGUGCAGCCUGCCGAGAUGUCCACUGAACACAGGCAUCCUAGUUCUAUCUUUGGUUGCGAGGUAACUGUCAUUUUCAGAUACUUAUGCAUGAUGCAUAUACUCACAAUACUUGAGGCUUCUCAUGUCCUAGCCCAUGCAGCCUUUUUGGGUCGAAUGUCAUCCUCACGUGCUUGUUUCUCACUGUGGCUGCAUAAAUAUUGGAACCUGAUGUUGCUCAUCUACUUUGCCCAUGAACCAUAUUGGGUAUUCGUGCUGCUACCAGCAGCAUUCAAUAAGCCUAGAGCUUACGAGAUUCGAUCCGCUCAGUCCUCCCUCGGAUUUUCCAGAUUGAUACCCGGAAAAUACUUGGCCUCCAUGCAGUUCCAAUUCCUAUUUGGUGCUCAUGUUUGGUGGAUAGAUUGA